AUGUCUUUGAAUGGCUCUGGCUGGUCGACUCCGAUAUCCUCAACAACCACACUUUCUUCACCACCCUCUCCCUACCCAAAAAAAUCAGCAAUACCCAAGACCUUGUAUGAAAAUCAUCACAUACCGGCCUACCAUCUAGUAGAACACAUUGCGUCUCAGUCCAGGACAUCCUCUGCCGUCUAUCUUUAUGACGUUGCUGAGCAAGUCGGGUUCGGUACCUUGACUGACAAGUGGUCAAAAGCAGGCAAAGAGAUCGCCACUGUCCUCAAGCUCCAGACAAGGGCUGGUGGAGGACUCGGUUUAAUUGGCAGGCUUUCUCAAGGCACUAGCCACGACGCAGGUUCAAAUGCUGUUCUGACUGCAUACACCACCCCCGCGGGUCUCGCAUCCAUGGCCUCCUCUUUCGCCUACCUACCUCCCGCGACCUCCUUCAGCAGGUUGGUCAUCCAGGUUCCCACUGUCACGUCUACAGGAGAGGGACUUGCUUUAUCUCCAUCUCUCGCGUCCCUCGCGGCUGUAUGGCCGAUCCUCCCCAAUAAUAUCGCCAUUCUCUUCUCCGCAACCCCCCAACAAACCCUUGACUUUGCGGCCAUAUCCUAUCAGCUGACGAACUGGCAUGCAAUUCACCUCUUUGACCAUUACAGCAGUUCCCGCGAAGUCGGUCACUCUCUUACCGCUCCGCCUGAUCCGCAAGAUCACGGAGACUCCGUCCAUGAUGUAAUGUGCCGCGCGGGAUACUCAUUUUUUGAGUACAGUGGCGAUAGCGAAGCGGUCACGGUCGUUGUUUUGUUGAAUUCUCUAUUGGCCUUGAAAAUCAAAACAUUUGUGACCUCCAGACAAAUCAAUGGCCUAGGAGUGGUCAUCGUCAACGUGCUUCGACCCUGGGACGAAGCGACUCUUCAGUCCAUCGUACCAUCCAGCGUCAAAGCCGUACACGUUUUGGAUGACGUCCCAAACUCUGUUACCCAAGGGAAUUUGUAUGUGGACGUGUUCAGCGCCCUAUGGGAUGGAACGAAUAAUCGUUCAGUUUAUGCCCAUCGUGCUACCCCAUCGCAGCAUCAACUUUAUCUUGGAAACGACAACUCCUUCCUUCAAUUUCUCAAUACUUUCGCCCCUACACGCGCAGAAAAGCCUCUCGCAGAACCCUUAUCCUUAAGGAAGCUCCUGUUCUUCGAUACUCCUUACUCUUCGUUGUCACGGAUUGCCCAUGCCGUCCAGGAGCUGUUCCUCGCAAACAGAGGCAUGGUUGCGCGCCUUCUCACAGACUACGAUGCAUUUUCAAAAUCAGGCGGGGUUGCAGCCCAUCGCAUCCUUUUGGCAUCCGGGAGCAAUUUGACCUCCAUACCUCCCGUCGCUAUGGCAUUACCACUGGACCCAUUGAGUAAUGGCGAGGCGGACUUUUUGGCUAUUUUGGACCAAAGCCUACUCAAGUCGCAUUCGUUGCUCCAGUAUGCCAAACCGAAUUCCACAAUCCUCGUAGACACAUCUUGGACAAAUGCAGAGUUUUCCCAUAACCUUCCUGCAGAUCAAAUCAAAUCAAUCGUAGAGCGAAAUUUGACCGUGUUCGCCAUUGACUCGAGUCGCCUUGCUGCAAACCUAGCUGGAGCACCUGGACCAGUCCGUGACGCCGUUCAAAACCUCAUCGUUCACCUUUCAUUUCUUCGGCUGUAUCUUGGCCCAGGGGCGGAAGAGGCAGCCGUCCUUAAAGUGACCCAGAAUGAGUAUGGCGAGGUCGUUCAGGGCUUUUCACUCUUGAAAAUCAAUGCCCAUGCAUGGUCAGGCUUACGGAUUGUGGAAAUAGAAACUUCUUUCCUACCCGUUUCAUCGGAUGCAAGUCCUUUGUUAAAGAACUUUGAAUCUAAUACCAUCACGGUCGAUCAGAACGUUGAAGGCGUCAUUCAAACCGGUCGAAUUGGCUCAUGGCACGACGCGGCGAAACACUUCUUAUUCUCAGCAACAUUUUCGCCCUCCGCUCAACCAUUAAGAGCAUUGCGCCCAGAAAUUCCGGAUCAUACGUAUCUCGUUACGUGUACAGUGAAUAAGCGCCUCACUCCCUUGGAAUACGAUCGCAACGUAUUCCACCUCGAAUUUGAUACUGCGGGUACUGGGUUGAAGUAUUCCAUUGGUGAAGCACUGGGGAUCCAUGGCUGGAAUGAAGAGGCACAGGUUUUGGACUUCUGCGCGUGGUAUGGCGUGGAUCACAAUAGACUUAUUACCAUUCCUGUUGUCGGCGAGGAGCAGAAGAUGCACACGCGGACUGUUCUUCAGGCCCUUCAGCAGCAAGUCGACUUAUUUGGCCGCCCUCCGAAGUCUUUCUAUUCGGAUCUUGCAGAAUAUGCGACCUCCAGCGUAGACAGGCACGCGCUCCUAUUCAUUGGGUCACCAGAUGGCUCCUCGACGUUCAAGAAAAUGUCGGAAAAGGAUACUCUCACCUUCGCGGACGUUCUGAAGAAGUAUCCGAGCGCCAGACCUGGCGUUGAAAAGCUUUGUGAACUUAUUGGAGAUAUCAAGCCGAGGCAUUACAGUAUUGCAAGUGCGCAAAGCGUCGUUGGCGACAGAGUGGAUUUGUUGGUCGUGACUGUUGACUGGAAAGACUCAAAUGGCAAGAUAAGGUAUGGGCAGUGCACACGAUACCUGGCUGGCCUUAGAGUUGGUCAGAAAGUGACUGUCUCGAUAAAGCCCAGUGUAAUGAAGUUGCCUCCCAAUCCCAAACAACCCAUCAUCAUGGCUGGGCUCGGGACGGGCGCGGCGCCCUUCCGUGCAUUCCUUCAACACUUGGCGUGGCUUGCCCGCAACGGUGAAGAAAUUGGGCCCGUUUACUAUUACUUUGGCUCAAGACAUCAAGCGUCUGAAUACCUCUACGGAGAAGAAAUUGAAGCCUUUGUUCUUGACGGUGUCAUUUCUCGAGCAGGACUUGCGUUCUCCAGAGACAGUGCCAAGAAAGUUUAUAUCCAGCACAAGAUGCUCGAGGACUCGGAAGCGCUUGCUCAGAUGCUCCAUGACGACGAGGGAGUCUUCUAUUUGUGCGGCCCUACAUGGCCCGUGCCGGAUGUAUAUGAGGCACUGGUCAAUGCGCUCGUCAAGUACAAAGGUUCCGAUUCAGUUAAAGCGGGCGAAUACCUAGAAAGUUUGAAGGAGAAGGAGCGAUAUGUUCUCGAGGUAUACUAA